AUGAUUUUCGCCAGACUUGGAAUUAAAACGCUUGGAACGGCACUAAGGCCAGCAGUGCACUCACCCCUACACCACUCGGUAUUCAGACCUGCAUCUGCUUGCCUUUCAAGAUCACUUUUCAUCAAAACAAUACCUCAACCUGUUGGAAAUAUCGUCGGAAAUGUUAACGAUGCUUAUGUGGGACCAACCCCAAACAAAUUCACAGGGUCCAGACAUUGGACUUUUGAGAGGGCUGUUACCAUUUGCAUGACACCUUUGAUUAUUACCCCAUUCAUUACAGGGUCGAUUUCUGCCCCUAUUGAUGCCGCAAUGGCUGGUUUGCUUCUUUAUCACUGUUAUGCAGGCUGGGAAAGUUGCAUUAUCGAUUAUAUUCCUCGCAGGGUUUACGGUGUGUGGCACACGGCGGCAAUGUGGCUUCUAAUCUUUGGAACUGCCGUUUCCGGUUAUGGAGUGUAUGUUCUAGAAACAUCUUCUGCAGGCGGACUCUGGGGUCUCUGCAAACGGAUCUGGAAGCACAAAAAGGAAGACUGA